GGGCGCGGCAUUCGAGCGAAGGACACCGCCAUCUUUGCGGUCGGUGGCAGUCGGUGGCCACGCGAAAAUGGCAGCCCGCAUUGGACAAACAAUGACAACGUUGGAGCACCAAUAGACACAAAGCUGCAGAGCUGGGAAAGCCUUUGAAAGGCGCCUCUGAACGCUGUCCAACGUUUCUCGUUGUUGGCUGCAAUGGAAACUGGUGGCCCACGGCUACGUUGAUGGAAUUAUGUCAUGGCCCAGCAUUGUCAGGAACAACUUGGCCACCAGGCGAUUCCUACAUGAAGAAUUCCCUGAGCACACCUUCUGAGAAUGGACAGGUCAGGAGGCGGCACGGCCAGCAGCGCCGCUAGGGCGAAGGCCGUAGCGCGCCCCUCCUGGUGGGACUUGUACGAAGUGGUGGGGAAGAUUGGAGAAGGGACCUACGGCCUCGUCUAUCUGGUGCGAGUCAAAGACAAAGCGCAGGGCUACAAGCUGGCAAUUAAGAAGUUCAAGCCGUCCAAGGAUGGGGACGGGGUAUCCCCGACCGCUAUACGAGAGAUCAUGCUCCUGCGAGAAUGCUGCCACGAGAACAUUGUCAAGCUGGUAAAUGUUCACAUCAACCACGCGGACGCGUCACUCUACCUGGCGUUUGACUAUGCCGAGUACGACCUCUAUGAGAUCAUCCGCUUCCACCGUGAGAAGCUCCAGUAUGCCAUCAGUCCGUACACAGUCAAGUCCCUCAUGUGGCAGAUCCUCAAUGGGCUCCACUAUCUGCACAGCAAUUGGAUCAUCCACCGGGACCUUAAGCCGUCCAACAUUCUGGUGAUGCGGGAGGGGGACGAGGCGGGCGUCGUGAAGCUGGGCGACUUUGGCCUGGCGCGCAUCUACCAGGCGCCGCUCAAGCCGCUCUCAGACAACGGGGUGGUGGUGACGGUAUGGUACCGCUCGCCGGAUUUGCUGCUGGGCGCGAAGCACUACACGCCGGCGGUGGACGUGUGGGCGGUGGGGUGCAUCUUUGCGGAGCUGCUGACGCUCAAGCCGCUCUUCCAGGGGGUCGAGGACAAGGGCAUGCACAACCCGUUCCAGAUCGACCAGAUCGACAAGAUCUUCAAGGUCCUAGGUCCCCCGUCUGUUGACACGUGGCCGGGCCUGGCGCACCUCCCGUACUGGCAGCAUAAUCGGCAGUCCAUCCAGAACAAGAAGUAUGACCACCCGCUUCUGCCGAGCAUGACGGCGCACUUCGCAAAGACCGCCGCUUACGACCUGCUGACGAAGAUGUUCGAGUACGACCCCGCCAAGAGGCUGACCGCCGAGCAGGCCCUUAAGCACGAGUACUUCCGUCAGGAGCCGCUUCCCGGAAAGAACUCGUUCGUGAGCGGCUACCCCGGAGAAAAGGUCGUGGUGUACCCGUCUCGCCCGGUGGACACGUCGCUCGACAUGGGCAGCAACGAGCCGACGCCCGUGGGCAACACCGCGAACCCCGCCAGCGGCCAGCAGAGAAGGUUUCAGCAGCAAGGGGGGGACCAGUCCGGCUCGGGACAGGGGGGGACGACGACCGGGAGCAGACUCGGCCCGGGCGGGAGUGGACGGCGGUCUGACGGCCGCUCCCAAGGGCAGGGCCCGAGCAAGAUGCAGAGGAGAUAGGCCUGCGGACCCUGGCGAGACGCCCCUUUCCCCAACGGACAGUCCCUCUCAUCCCGAUUGUGCACGGGAUGGAGCUGCCGGGUGCACGGACCAGCGUGCACGAAAACUUCUCUGCACGAAUGCCACGUGGCAGAGCUCGGCAAUUGUGACAGAUGCGAUCUUCGUCGGGACGGACACGCUGCAAACGGACAGAACAGCGCACAGCAUAAGCCCGAAGAUUGCUGACGGCACGAUACGCCCCGGGGUUGCGCACCGUGAGCGGUUUGGCACCUGUCCCUGUGUUGGUCACAUGAGUCAUCCCUUCUUUAAAGAUGUGGCCAAGAGGCUCAAAAGCGAAGCGGACAGUCGGUCGAGAUGUUUGUAACUUCUUGCCUGUCGAAAGUAGCUCACCAACGGGACAGUAGGUGCAAACAGCGGAAUCAGGCUCGACGCGACAUCUAGGCCUGCGGGUAACUGCCUUAGAGUAGGCAAGCAAGAGGCCGCUCUUCCAAUUCAUGCCUGGUCCUUUACACUUGCUGUAACACGUGGAUACAAUCAGGAACAACGAGGUUCUUGAGCGCGGCCCUCUAAACUGGGUGGCCAAGCCUUGGCGGUUGAAACAUAUGCAGGGUUGUGGAUUCAAGACUCGGAAACCAUCAUAACAUGUGUCGAAGCAAGAGUGUCUUAGCACAAUAAGAGGCUACAUAUCAGGCGACUGCAAAUAGCGCGCUGGCAUUGGAUUCCACUUAUCUAUUUAGAAGGACAUGUUCGUCGUCAUUUGAAGCUUUUAGAACUGUAAAAUAAAACGGAGCUAUAUAUUGAGUCCGGUCAUCAAUGCAGAACAUGUCGGGAC